UCAAUUCUGGAGAAUAUUCGCUAGGGCAUGCUUGCGUGGCCUUCCCGCCCCGUCGGCCGCCACGUGGCGUCGUGUGGAUAAGAUCCUUGUUGUUCUUGGCGGCUAUGGCGGCCGUGGCCGCGGCGUUAGGGCCGCUCCCGCCGCGCCAUCACCAGAUUCCCCGCGGAAUCGGCUCCAGCAAUCCGGGAAAUGCGACUCCACUGCCGCCGCCGCCGCCGCCGCCGCAUUCCCAGUCGCUCCUCUCGCAGCUCCAGCAGCACGAUCGCGGUGAGCAGCAGCAGCAUUUGGAGAAUGAAUCGCGGAAAGGCGAUCGCGAGCUGGAGAAGAGCUUCCUGGAGGCGCUGUCGGGGCAUCGAACGAGGAGCGCGCAAGAGACGCAAGAAACCCUAACCAGGUUAGUGGUGUGCUCGCCGAGUUCUUCCUCCUCCUCGCGAAGGUCUCGCCGCCUGUCCGUGACAUCCGUGGGACGAGUCCUCCUCAAUCUCAAGGAUGCCGAUGCCGCGCUCAUCUUCUUCUACUGGGCCUCGAAUCACAUCCAUCCCGCGACCUUCUGCUACAAUUGCUUGCUCGAGGCGCUGGUGAAAUCGGGCAGGCAUCGCCAGGCCUAUCGGAUCUUCACGGAGGAGAUGCUCCCAAUCUGCCAGCCCGAUGUCUACACCUACGCGGCGCUCCUCCGGGGGUUCUGCCGUGGCGGAGAGAUCGAUCAAGCCCAGCGAUGCUUCGACGAGAUGCGAUCCAAGAACCUGGUGCCCAACGUGUUCCUGUGUAGCAUCUUGAUCGACGGGCUGUGCAAGGCCAAGCGGUCGAUCGACGCGCUGCGGUGCUUCCGCGCGAUGCAAGGCUCCGGGAUCGUGGCGGACACGGUGAUCUACACCGCGCUCCUCUCGGGGCUGUGGAAGGAGAAGCGGCUGGAUCAAGCGCUGGCCAUCCUACACGAGAUGCGGGACCAUGGAUGCGAGCCAAACGUGGUGACUUACAACUCGCUCAUCGAUGGGCUGUGCAAGAACAACGAGCCCGAUCGCGCGCAGGAGCUCUUCGAGCAUAUGAAGAGCGUGGAGUGCUCGCCAUCGAUGGUGACUUACAACACGCUGCUAGAUGGGCUCUUCCGGACUGGCAAGCUCGAGCGCGCCAUGGCGCUCUUCCAGGAGAUGCUGGAUCGCCGCUCCCACGACGUGAUCUCCUUCAACAUCCUCGUCACUGGGCUGUGCCGCGCCGGGAAGAUCGAGACCGCGCUGGAGUUCUUCCGCAAGAUGGACGAUCGCUGCUCGCCAAACGUGAUCACUUACAGCGUGCUCAUCGAUGGGCUGUGCAAGGCCAACCGGGUGAGCCAGGCGGUGGAGCUCCUGGAAUCCAUGAAAGCUCGCGGCUGCUCGCCGGACGUGAUCACCUACACGAUCCUGGUGGAUGGGCUUUGCAAGGAGAGCAAGGUGGCGGCGGCCUGGGAAGUUCUUCGCGAGAUGCUCGACGCUGGAUGCGUCCCCAACCUGGUGACUUACAACUCGCUGCUGCAUGGGCUGUGCCGCGCGAGGCGAGUGAGCGACGCGCUGGCGCUCAUGCGCGACAUGACUUGCCGCGGCUGUACGCCCAACGUCGUGACGUACGGUACACUCAUCGAUGGGCUGUGCAAGGUGGGGCGAGUCAAGGACGCGUGCGCGAUGCUGGCCGACAUGAUCGACAAGGGCGGUACGCCGGACCUCAUGAUCUACAACAUGCUCAUCAACGGGCUGUGCAAGGCGGACCAGGUGGACGAGAGCAUCGCGCUGCUGCGCCGCGCGGUAUCCGGCGGUAUCAAGCCCGACGUGGUCACGUACAGCAGCGUCAUCUACGGGCUGUGCCGCUCCAACCGCUUGGACGAGGCGUGCCGCCUGCUGCUCUACGUCAAGUCGCGCGGCUGCCCGCCCGACGUGAUCCUCUACAGCACGCUCAUCGACGGGCUUUGCAAGGCCGGCAAGGUGGACGAGGCGUUUGAUCUCUACGAGGUGAUGGCCGGCGAUGGCUGUGACGCCGACGUCGUGACGUACAGCACGCUCAUAGACGGGCUGUGCAAGGCCGGGAGAGUGGACGAGGCGCAUUUGCUGCUGGCCAGGAUGGUCCGGAUGGGGACGCCGCCAUCGACCAUGACUUACAACUCGCUCAUCAAGGGGCUGUGCGAUCUCAAUCACUUGGACGAGGCGAUCGAGCUGGUGGAGGAGAUGGAGCGGAGUAACUGCGCUCCCAGUGCCGUGACUUACAACAUCCUGAUCCACGGGAUGUGUAGGAUGGAGAGGGUGGACUCGGCGGUGGUGCUGCUGGAGCAGGCCAAGGCGAGGUGUGUUGCCGCCGGCGGUACCGCGCUGGAUACCAUUGCGUACAGCUCGCUUAUUGAUGGGCUGUGCAAGGCGGGCAGGGUGGCCGAGGCGCUGGACUACUUCCAGGAGAUGAUUGACAAUGGUGUCAUUCCAGAUCAUAUAACUUAUAGCAUCUUGCUAGAGGGGCUCAAGAAGAGCAAGGAUUUGCAUGAGCUGCGGCACCUAGUGCUAGAUCAAAUGGUCCAACUUGGGUACCGUUAACGAGCAUGCAUAUUCUAACUCUCCAAACAUUUGAAGCAAUUGUACCUUUUCAUUAGUAUAUAAUUUGAAUAAAGCAAUUUCUAACCAAAACAA